AUGGAGAAAGUAGUACAUGUACCGGAAGUGAUGCUGAAUUCAGGCUACAAAAUGCCUUUAUUAGGCAUGGGAACUUUCAACUUUCCUAUGCCGCCGAUAGAUGAGUUAACGUCCAUUUUGGUUGAUGCUAUUAAGAUCGGUUACCGACAUUUCGACACGGCGGCGGCGUAUGGAUCGGAGGAGGGAGUUGGGAGAGCAGUGGCUGAAGCAAUAGAGCGGGGGAUUAUAAAGAGUCGUCAACAAAUGUUCAUUACCUCUAAAUUAUGCUGCACUCAGGCGCACCCUCAACUUGUCCUCCCUGCCCUCAAAAACACACUUGGAAAGUUGGGACUAGAUUUCGUGGACUUGUAUCUAAUACAUUGGCCGAUAAGCAUGAAGCCUGAGAUUGAUAUCCAAAAUUUCAAAAAGGAAGAUAUUGUCCCUUUUGAUAUGAAAGGGGUAUGGCAAGACAUGGAAGAGUGCUACAAGUUGGGCCUAGCCAAGUCUAUUGGAGUCAGCAAUUUCAGUUGCACCAAACUCUCACACCUCCUCCAAAUUGCUACCAUUCCUCCUGCAGUAAAUCAGGUAGAAAUGAAUGUGGCAUGGCAGCAACAAAAACUGCUCGAGUUUUGUAGAGAAAAGGGUGUUCAUGUAAGUGGGUACUCUCCAUUGGGAGCCAACGGUGGGCCUUGGGGUUCCCAUGCCGUCAUGCGUUGCCCAAUCCUCAGCCACAUCGCAACCACUAGACGAAAAACCAUCCCUCAGGUUGCAUUGAGAUGGGUAUAUGAGCAAGGGGAAAGUGUGAUAGUGAAGAGCCUUAAUAAAGAGAGGAUGAAACAAAACCUUGUUGAAAUAUUCAAUUGGGAACUUAGUAGUGAAGAUAAUUUCAGGAUUCGAGCCAUACCUCAAAGAAGGGGAUGCAACGGAGAGCCAUUUAUUCAUCCAAACGGACCCUACAAAUCUAUCGAUGAACUUUGGGACGGAGAGAUCUAA